AGCGAACGGAGAUAAGAGGGGGGAAGGGAAUAGGGAAAGGGAGGAAUCCGGCGAGAGAUCGCCGGAAAAGGGGGAGGGUUUUGGGAAUGUUGGCGGCGGAGCGGCCGGAAUGGCUGCCGGAGGGGUGGAAGAUGGUGGUCAAGACGAGCAUGACCGGAGAUAAAGAUGUGUGUUACACAUGUCCAACAUCUUCCCGUACAUUCCAUUCGAAAGAGGAGAUUAUGCACUAUCUCAAUUAUGAAAGGGUAGAUGGUUACAUAUCCAAACCAACAUCUUGUUUUGGAGAUAACGUGCAUCCACUUGCAGAACAGAUAAAAGAUUUUCCUGAUUGGCUGCCUGCUGGUUGGGUUUUGGAGUUUAAAACUCGAAAGAGUGGCACGCACGCAGGGCGACAGUACAAGUGCUACAUCAAUCCAGUUACUGGUUUUAGAUUCUAUUCCAAGAAUGAAGUACUUCGGUAUAUCAAGGAUGGAAUGUCGUGUAAUCCCAGAGCCAAACGGAAAAGAAGUGUAGUUACAAAAGUUACUGAAAAUGCUUGCUCUUCAACCAGUCAGAGAAAAGGCAUCAAGAGAAGCACCAUGGAAAAUCAGGUUAGAUCUCAGAUUGAAUAUACUCCAGAUGGGUUGCCUAGUGGCUGGAUAAAAGAAAUUAGAUACCGAAAGACUAGCUCGAGAUGUGGAGCAAAAAGAGACCAGUACUACACUGAUCCAGUAAAUGGAUAUGUAUUCCGGUCCCGAAAGGAUGCCAUUCAGUAUAUUGAAACAGGAGAAGUUAGUAAAUAUGCAAUUAAACCAAAGAAUAGAAAUACCAGUGGCUUGUAUACCUCUAAAAAGGAAUCCCAUGUAAGUCCUUCUCCUGCAGCAAGAAGAAUAAAAUCACAAGGAACUGCAGUAAAGCGAUGCCUCUUUUCAGAAGGAACACCUGACCCAAAUGUGAAGAUAGUGACAGAGAUCAAUCAGUUGCCUGAAAGACUGUCCGUGCCACUUCUGGAAUAUCCUUCAGCACAGAAUAUGGGUGGAACUGACUCUAGUUGCAAGACUUUGUCAACUGUCAAGGACUCAGGGAAUUCAGAGGAUGCUCCGGACGAUAGAAAGCUCGAUCCAAGAUGUAAUGCAGUGGGAGUUUCAAGACAGACAUUGGAGUCAGAAACAGUUAAUGUUUCAGAACCAGCAAUCGAUAAGUUACCAGAACCUUUGAGCGAUGCUAUGUCAGAGGCAUUCAACAAAACCCUUGAACUGUCACCGAGGAAGCUGGACCUGUUGAGCGAUACUACAUCAGAGGAAUUGAACAAAACCCUUGAUGAACUGUCACCGAGGAAGCUGGAUGUGGUACAUGAGAAUCUCUCUGAAAUGCAAGACAAAGAGCCAGACGAAGCAGCAGAUAAAAUACCAAUAGAGCUUGAAAUCAUGAGGCCUCACCAGCAAGAGGAUAUGAGCCUGCCAGCUGUAGAAGGUAAGCUGGCGGAGGAAAGAAAACUGGAUCCAAAGAUCGAGGAACAGAUGCAGCCCAAUAAGCGCCGUAGGGGACGUAGGCCUGGCUCAACGAAAGCUAAAGCUCUGAAAGCACUAACCAUGCCACUCCGGGCUUCCAAACGUUUGGCUGCACUAAGAGCUGAUCGCAUGGCCAGUUCUGGAACUGUUAGCCACUCCAGUGGUGCACUGGCAAAGUUAUCUGAUCAACUCCAAGCUCAUCCAACAGCUACCAAGAAAAACAAUCAGCAAAAGGAGAUACCCAUUAUAGACUUGGAAAUUCUGGAAGAGCCAAAAAGCAGGGAGCGUCCGGGUGAACAAGCUGCUCCUGUAAAGCAGGUUUAUCUGGGAGAACUGAAUGAAAAUAAAUCAGGAUCCCCUCUCAGAUUACCAUUUGGAGAUUCCUGGCCGGAUCCUUGCAUUGAGUUUGCUUUCAAGACCCUUACGGGUGAUAUUCCGGUGCUGGAGGAUACUGCAGCCAUCGAAGAAUAUUUCCAUCGGCACCUGGGCACGAGCAAGAGCCCAGGCCAGCAAGGUUCAGCUUCGUUAACUUUCAGCAACCACAAAAGUUUCAGCCAGGGCGAGUUUUGUGUCCAGCUGCAGCCGCCGGACAAUCACCUGUCGCCAUGCUCGUUCGAGAAUGGGCUGCAGUCCAGCCAGAAGGGGAACGAGGAAAGGCACUGGCUGCCAAAGUUAAACCGGUAAAUUAUUCAACCUAAGGUGAAAUUAACCAUGUAUAUAGGAACCCAGAUUUGAGGUGUCUUGAACUAUGACUCUCCAUUUUGGUGCCUUUGAUAAGGCCAUGCUGUAGAACGCUCUGUAAGCCUUAGUAGAUUGAUGAUAUCUCAUGGUCUUUGCAUCCUUUGGUUCUGGGUGCAGUCUGGCUUGUGACA